AUGGGAACAGUUGAGGGCUCACGCGCCCCUGCGGUCGUCGGUGUUACUACAGCAGCUCUGGUCAUCUCCUUGAUCACUACUACCUUGCGUUGUUUUGUCCGUAUCUGCCUGGUCAAAGCAUUUGGCUCAGAUGACUGGCUCAUGGUAGGCGCCACGGUUUCCUUCAUCCUGUACAGCAGCUUUUCUCUCGCUGGUGUCAGAUAUGGCACGGGACAACAUAUGCAAAACCUCCAACCAGAAGAUGCCUCGAAAGCUCUGAAGGUGAGUUACAACCAGACUAGCACCCUUGCUCCAUCGCGGGAAGUACAGAGCUUCGCUGACAGGGAUGUGGGUUGGCCACAGUGGUGGUGGCUCUGCUACCUGACAUACUCAGCUACGAUGUUGCUGGCUAAAUUGUCCAUCGCCUGGUUUUUGCUGCGGGUAGCUGUCAAGCCUGUGCACAAAUGGAUCAUCUACAUAGGCAUGACGCUGACCGUGGUAGGCUCCAUGGCCUUUUUCUUUGCUUGCAUCUUCCAGUGUUGGCCCGUCAGCUACUUCUGGGACCGAUCGCAAGAGGGCAGCUGCACAGAGAACGGCGUUGUUCUCGCCCUUUCAUACGUCUUCAGCACCAUUAACAUUGUCAGUGACUUUAUCUUCGCGCUACUCCCCGCCUGGAUUGUCUCGCAUCUCAACAUGAAGCUCAAGACAAAGGUUGCCCUGAUCGGCCUAAUGGGCAUGGGUUGCGUAGCUAGUGCAGCUGUCAUUGUCCGUAUCCCAUACAUGAAAAAUAUCGCAAGCGAUGACUUCCUGUACGAUACUGCAUAUAUCGCCGUCUGGUCCGCCGUUGAGGAAUGUCUGAGUAUCACCGCCGGAGGCCUGGCUACUCUGCAGCCUUUGAUAAAACUGAUUGGGUACAAGCUCGGUAUGACCAGCCACCCCAUGGUCCCUGGUACUGAUGGUCAUGAGGAAGGAGCUCUCAAGCUGCAGCCUGGAAUGUCCACUUACACGGCCAUGUGCUACAACACAAGUCAGGAGGAGCUUCGGGAUGAUGGGAAUACCUCUGAUGGAAUAGAUUCUAUCCGGACGUAA